AGAGACGGAGGCGAUCCUGCGCCCUACCGUCGCCACGGGGGUGCGUCCGUACGGAGCCGGCGGUGUACACUCCUCGCGAAACGAGGCACCGCUCGCUGGUCGUCGCUCUCUCGUGCCGCCCGCUCCUCUCUCUCUCUCUCGUAUGCGCGUCUCUCGACUUCGUCUCUCACAGAUCGAAGCUCUCUCUUCUCUGCCUCGUCGUCUCUAUCUCUCACUUUGCCUCUCAUCGUCGCGUUCGCGAUCUCGAUCCGGGCUGGAUCGUCGAUCUCGAGGACGACCCCGUCGUCGUCGCGAGCGAGUCGCGCUCUGUCGUUCGCCGUCGGCCGUCGGCCGUGAUUGUGUAUCGGCUCGAUACUCGCGUGAGUCUCAACGUCUCGGGACGAGUGCUGAUAAAGGGAUGUUUUGAGUGCGACGAGGUUGUAGAUUCGGGGGGCGAGGGUGGGCCCAGGAAGCAAGUGUGUUUCGCCGCAGCAUAAGUGGACGUCGAAUCAGAGGGUGGACUCGCGAGGCAAAGGAAACCUCGCCGCCGCCGUCGUCGUCGUCGUCGUCGUCGUCGUCGUCGUCGCCGCCGCCGUCGCCGUCGUCGUCAUUCAUAGUUCAUUAUAGAUAAAGCAAAGAGCUCGAUGGAGCUCGCGGUGCGUCUCGGUGAGUUGAUAUUAGUAUAACGAGUGUGCGAGUGCGAAGAUUGGAAUCACCGACGUCGAGGACAAGGACGAGGACGAGAACAACAACGACGGCGACGACGACGACGACGACGACGACGACGACGGUGGCGGCGGUGGUUUCUCAGAAACCGGCUGAUCAACGUAUCCUCCUGGGGCGAGAGCACGAUGAAGGAUUCGCGAUACCGCGCGUCGUCUCUCACCGUCGUGUUCUACCGCUCGCGAUGCUACCGUAACAAUCUGAUAACGACUUAAAGCUUCCGCGUGCGCAGUGAACUCCGCCGACUUGCAGCGAGUACUCGAGUAGAUGCUGCUCGUGAGUCUCAAGAGGCAGAGCAAGAUGGACAUCGGCUUGGAACAGAGUGAAGCAGCCCACCGGAUGAGUGGCGACGGCGGCGGCCGAGGUACGAGGACGACGGUAGGACGACGGUAGGACGUUACCGCUUGCGGCUGCAGCUGCGGCGUCGCUCGCUGCACCUGCAGCUGCGGCGGCAGCGGCGGCGGCAGCGGCCAGGACGGCGACGGCGACGGCGACGGCGGCUCGCCGACGACGACGACGACGACGACGACGACGACGACGACGACGGUGGUUUGAUCAUAGCACGGCGAAACGAUGCAGAACGCCGGUGAUUAUUAUCAAAGAGCGCCGAGAUGCUGUCCGGGUAGGAACGGCGGCGGCGGCGGUGGUGGCGGCGGCGGCGGCGGCGGCGGCGGUGGCGGCGGUAACAACAACAACAACGCAGGCGGCAUCGCCGGCUCGGUGCGCGGCGCCGAGCUGCUCUGCUGCUGCUGCAGCUGCAGCACCGCCACCUCCACGAAGACGCCGGGGCUGCUGGCGUCGCUCGGGGUGUGCGUGCUCGUUCUCGGCUACACUCUGCUCGGCGCGUUCGCCUUCAUGGCUCUCGAGGGAGGUCUGAAACCGGAUUCGCCUACCGACGUCGCGUCCUCCGGCAGCUCGAAACCCGACGGAGGUUCCUACAUGCUACCGAAUUUCGAGGACGACUCCGCCUCCAUGGAGUUAAGGGCGCGCACGGUCGAGAGACUCUGGAGCAUCACCGAGGAUUUGAACGUCCUCUACAAGGAGAACUGGACUCGCCUGGCGGCUCGGGAGGUCCUCGAGUUCCAGGAGAACCUGGCUCGCGGUCUCAGACGCGCCUCGUCGCCGUAUGAGCCGGUGCCACCGUUGCCUCCUCGGUCUCGAGAGCACCAUGCGGCGGAUAGGCGUCUUCACAGUCGACGGUGGACCUUCAGCGGCAGCCUGCUGUACUCCUUGACGCUCAUCACGACCAUAGGAUACGGUAAUGUAGCGCCGCGCACAGUCUGGGGUCGACUGAUCACUAUUGUCUACGCCCUGGCGGGCAUCCCGCUGAUGCUGGUCUAUCUGAGCACGGUGGGCGACGUGCUCGCACGGAGCUUCCGCCGUCUGUACGGGCGUAUGUGCAGGCCGCGCAAUUGCACACGCAAGCAGCAACCGCCGCCACCGCCGCCACCGGUAGGCGGCAUCAUGGGCAAGGCGUAUCGCUACGACAACCACGUGGAGACCAAGGCCGGCAACUACUACUCGGCCAGCAGGGAGAGCUCCUGCGACGACCUGGGUACCCGCGGCACCAGCAGUGCGAUUCUGCUCGAUUGCGGGAGCGAAGGUCUCCUGCAUGCCACCACCAGCUCGACAGCCGCGCUUCAGGACGUAACGACGGGUAACGGCAAACGGCACUUUCACCCGUGCUCGUUGUCCCUCUCGUCCACCUCGUCGCCGGCGUACAUGCUGGAAACUAACCCGGUCCGGAUACCCAUCAGCCUGUGCCUGGUGAUAAUGCUGGUGUACAUAUGCGGCGGCGCGGUAAUGUUCAACCGUCUGGAGGGCUGGAGCCUGUUGGAGGGCGGUUACUUCUGCUUCACCAGCCUCGGCACGAUCGGCUUCGGCGACCUGAUGCCGGUGGGCCGCAACGCACCCUCAGCCACCUUGGAGGAGCUCAGCUUGUGCGCCUGCUCGCUCUACAUCCUCGCCGGGAUGGGCCUGAUCGCCAUGUGCUUCAACCUCGUCCAGGAGGAGGUGGUACGCGUGGUCAGGGUCUUCGGUAGAACCUGCGGCAUGUCGUCGGGCGUGGUGGUCGGACCUAUCAGUGGUACAGCAGGUGCCGCAUCCGGGCUCAAGGCUGACCUCGACGAUGGAGGCGGCACCAGCGACUCACGGCUGUCCGAGCAGGAGGAGGAAGCGAUCGCCAUGUCGAUGGUGCCGGCCGGAUCCUGACAACAUCAGGCCAGGAGCCCCGGCGACGGCAAGCUCCUGGCUCACCCGUCGAACACUGCCA